UCCUGGUACAAAAAUUCUUCUAUAUGGAACCACUUUGCUGCUUAUUUUCCUAUAAAAUUGAUUAAGACGACUGACCUUCCAGCUGACAGAAAUUACAUUAUGGGAGUGAAAAUAAAGCAUUUUGAUCGUUUUUGUUCUCUCAAUAGCUUUUUUGAAGAUUUUCUUGCCCAAAAAAUUUAUUUAGAAUUCCAUUUCAGAUGCCACCCCCACGGACUCUUCAGUAUUGGCGCUUUCACUCAUUUGUGUACUUCAUCGACUGGCUUUUCUGAAAAAUUUCCUGGUUUAAAACCAAAUUUACUUACUUUGAAUGGACAAUUUUGGUUUCCUUUUAGACGAGAAAUUGGGAUUGGAUUAGGUGUAGAGUCUUCCGCAAAAAGUCUUCGUUUUGUUUUAAAUAAUCCAAAAGGGGGAGCUCUUGCUGGAAUUGUUAUUGGCGGGGCUGAGGAAGUUUUGGAUUCGAAGCCGGGAAGUACCGAUUUGAAUCUGAUGAGGAGACUUGGAUUUUGCAGAAUUGCUCUAGAGACUGGAGCUUCACUAGUGCCAUCCUACAGUUUUGGAGAGAAUGACGUUUAUGAGCAAUAUACACAUCCCCGAGAGUUUAAUCAAAAAAUUCUGUGGUUUCUGUCCACCAAUAUUUUUCGGCCAUUCAUUAUUUCCUUUAUUACCUCGAAGAAGACCAAUAACAACAAUUGUAGGAAAACCAAUAAAAGUUGAAAGAAUUCCCUACCCUUCAAAAGAAGA